UCCAUAGACAUGGAAGUGACGGAGCUCAAGGCACAGUCCGAAGAGACCCAGUCCCACGCCUCAUUCGAAGAGACUUCGCAGGAGGAGAAAUAUCAUGAGGUGGAGGAGGAGACCCCCUUUGACCAGCGCGACUGGCAUGCUAUAGUACAUAACCAGCAGGAUGCAGAGCGGGAGAUUGACGAGCAGAUGUUGGGAUACGAGACCGAUCUGGAGUAUCUGACCCGUGUGGACGAACGGGACAAGCGGCGCCAGCAGUUGAGGGAGACCCUGGUCGAAGAGAUGCCCUGGUCCGAUGCCCGCUUCCUGACGAUCAACGUGCGAAGCGCAAGGCCCCUUGAGUGCAGCUCUGAUGAGGACUGGACGCGGAUGCUUCAGGGUAAUCUGGGGGCCACCGUGCGUGUGAAGGUCGGGCCGGCAACCUUCUGGUGUAUUGGUGCGCUGCUGAAUCGUCACAGCGGAUUCUUUAGACCCCAGUCACGGGAGGAGUACAGCCUGCCAGAGCUGACGCCGAUUGGCUUUCGGGCCGCCUACGCCUGGAUGCGCCUCCAGGAGCCCCUGAACUGCAGCGUGCAAAGCGAGCACAGUGAGCCCAACCAGAUCGUGGAUCUUCUGUUCACCGCCCAGCAUCUGGACAUUCGCGACCUGGAGAUGCUAUGCAACCGCUACCUCUGCUCAUCCCACUUUACGGAGCGCCGGGCCCUGCAGGUUUACGUGCGGGCGAAGCAUUACGGCAACAUGGGGAGCAUUUGCCAGCUGAUGCUGAAGCGUGUGGGAAAAUACUACCUGACGAUGGUCGGUAGUCAGGAGUACACCGAAAUGCCGCUGGAAGACAUCUGCACCCUGUUGGAGCAGGACUCAAUCGGCGUCAAUACAGAACUUGAGGUUUUCUACGGUGCCCUCCGCUGGAUGUGCAUCGAUCCCGAAGAGCGGCUGUCCGACUUGCCCCGCCUGAUGGAAUGCGUGCGCUUUACUCGAAUGCCCCGCCCGAAGCUCUUGGAGAUGUGGUUUUGCCUGUUUUCGGCCCGAUGGGGCUUGCCCCUGGAGUGGUUCCAAGUGAGAGGGGAUCCAAUUAUCUUACGGGCCUUUGCCUACUGCCCCGGACUCUGGGAGCGUGUCAACAAGGCCGUGAGAGUGGCCAAUCUGUGCCUUCAGUUCGAUAACCAUCAGGUGCUUAUGGCCCUUAUCCAGGCCUGCAGGCUGCAAAUGGAGACACCGCGCGAGUGGAUCUGCGACGAGAACUGCCCCUACCAUGUCCACAAUCGCACUCCGCCCCCCCAAGUCGACCUGUCCUCCAAGCAAUUUCUCAGCUUUGCGAUCUCCCUGGCGCAAGAGGAUCGAGACCUGUUGCGCUCCAAGGAAAAGGACCUGACAAAGCUCUGGGAGCCACUGUGGGACCCGCAACGCGAUCACCCCAACAAUAUCCCCUUUGAUGAGAUGUCCGAUGACCUGCCAAUGUCGUCCAGCGAUGAAAUCGAUUGGCGAUCGUCCAGCGAUGAUAUCGACUGGUUUAGAGAACUUCUGCGAGAGGCACCUGAAGGCACGGAUACUGACGACGAUACCGAUAAUUUAUCGGACAUAUACGUGCCGUUCACGGACAGUCCGACCACAUCCCCCAGAAACUCGCCGUUGAUCAGCGCCACAAGCAGCCCCGCGACCAAUACGCUGUGCAGGCAAUCGACGACCGCCUGGUUGUCGCACGUGCAGUUGAGUAGGCCUGGAUCGGCAUCGCCCAGAUGCCUCCGAAGAAGGAGCGAAGCGCAAGAGGCGUCGCUGGCCAUCGAUUGUGCCCCGCCCCUGAGCUGCAACGAUAAAAUGGAAGAGUUUUUGGUGCAAAACCAGUGUACACGUGACGACUGCGCUCGCUGGCGAAAGGAGCACGGCUACUCACCGGACCCAAAUGACACACAAUUAAAGGCAUUGUGCCAGUUCACUCAUGACAUGGGAAAUCCCACUCUGAUGGUGCCCUUCUUCCAGCUAUACAAAGAGAGAUGCAAAAUCUUGGAGGAGCCAUCCCCCAAUGCACAAGAGAAGCCGGACAAACGGGAAACAUCGAAUUCGCUAGCGGCCCAAGUACCUCAGACAGACAUAUCCGAAGAGCACUUUUCCCACUGAAUCACACCUCCCCUCUCCUUGAACUUCGAUUGAUUGUGUAAAAUUAAAUUUGUAGUUAAAAAAACAAA